UUUUGGCAGACGUUGUGCUAAUUUUCUCAUCGAUAAAACAUUUGAUUUCAAUACAGUUUUCUGUUCCCAAAACUACAAUCUGCUACGAACAGAGUGGACUAAGUUCUGUAGAUUUUACCCUUUGCCACAUUUUUUUUUAAAUUGCGUUGUUUGGAAGGAGUGCAAGGGCGAUUUGAGUUUUUGAACACGCGCACGUCACAGAGUAGGAGUUCCCUAAACAGAAAUAUGCUAGAACGCGACAAUGGGAACUCGCUAGCUCGUGCUUGGCUCUGCCCCCCUCCUUGCUUGUUCUGCCCACUGUGACUAAUUUGUCACGUUGGAUACGACAAGCUGUGUUGUAUCUGUGGUACAGUGUGUUGAAACUGAAUUAAACAUCGAAUCAUAUGAGCAAAGGCAGCUUCAAAAUAAUUUAUGAUUGCGCCGUCCGCAACAACACUGAAAUAUUCCUAUACGAUUCAGUAAUUAUUUAAAAAAGCAUAGCAGCGGGAUUUCUGUAUUUCCUGGUUACUGCAGCAUUAUCAGUGUGUAUACAGGCCUGUACUGUGUUGACUAUCUGGUUAUGAUACGAGUGCGACGAAACUGGGUUGGGCCGAUUCGAAUAGCACUUACCCUUUUAGGAUUUCCAUUUUGCCUCUGCACCUCGGGAAUCAGGCCUCUCACCUCAUUCUCUUCUUACCAGUUUUCUGCCAGAGUUAGUAAAAGCUUCAGUACCAGUGGCUGUAGUCUGUGUGUGCUACCGCCCAGUGUCUUCACUAUGCCCUGCUCGGCCCCUCACAACAAGGCCAGAUGCCCAAAGUACCCCGGCUCAGAGACACAGCGGUUCCCAGUGCCUGAUGACAAAGUUGACUGGAAUACUGAUUGGCCCCAGUACAGACCAGUGAGCUACACUGCCCCAUCUGUACUCAUCAAGCCUGUAUGGGCCGAUCAGGACAUCAGGUCUUUCUCCCCGCGGUUUAACGCUCUGGAUGGCAAUGUGGACAGGCGGAGUCACGAGGGAGACUACAGAGUGGAGCAAGGCAUGCCACUAAAUCCUCGAGGUCGCACUGGUUUGACUGGGAGAGGUUUGCUGGGACGGUGGGGACCCAAUCACGCAGCAGAUCCCAUUGUUACCAGGUGGAAGAGAGACUCAGCUGGACAGCAAGUGUCGCACCCAGUGUCCAAACUGCCAGUUUUGCAGUUUGUGUCCAUCAAGAGGAGAGACUGUGGGGAAUGGGCCAUCCCAGGGGGUAUGGUAGACCCGGGGGAGCUGGUGUCCCUCACCCUGCAGCGUGAGUUCUCUGAGGAGGCUCUGAAUUCCCUGGCAGCUUCCCCCCAGGACAGAGAGCGGAUCCACGAGCGCAUCACUCAGCUGUUCAACUCGCCGGGUCUGGAGGUUUAUAAGGGCUAUGUAGAUGACCCAAGAAAUAAUGACAACUCUUGGAUGGAAACGGUUGCUGUCAACUUCCAUGAUGAUACAGGUAACAGUGUGAGCGAGCUCCCAUUGGAAGCGGGCGAUGAUGCCGGGCAAGUCCACUGGAUCGACCUUGACUCCGUCCUAUCCCUCUAUGCAAGCCACUCCCAGUUCUUGGAGGUGGUCGCCAAGGAGAGGCAUGCUCACUGGUAACCAAGGAAACUGUCCUCACGUUCAAGAGGAUUGGCCGGAGCAAGGCCCUGCAGCAUUAUCACUGUUUUGGCAUCAUGGCCUUGAUCAGGGAGUAACGAAACAAUGAGAGCAUGUCUUCUUUUGAACAAAUCAUGUUCCCAUCAGCCCUGAUUAAAGAGGGAGUGGUUACAGAGUAACCACAUACCACAUAGUAAACAGUGAAAAGCAAUAGGUAAUAUACAUUCUAAAUAUAUAUACACUAUCAAAAUGCAAAUUAAGGUUAGAAGCAGUAGAAAGGUCUAAGUAGUUAUGGGCUUUUUAUUUUUAUUUCACCAUUAUUUAACCAGGUAGGCCAGUUGAGAACAAGUUCUCAUUUACAACUGUGACCUGGACAAGAUAAAGCAAAGCAGUGCGACACAAACAACAACAGAGUUACACAUGGGAUAAACAAACGUACAGUCAAUAACACAAUAGAACAAUCUAUGUACGGUGUGUGCAAAUGUAGUAAGAUUAGGGAGGUAAGGCAAUAAAUAGGCCAUAGAGGCGAAAUAAUUACAAUUUAGCAUUAACACUGGAGCGAUAGAUGUGCAGAUGAUGAUGUGCAAGUAGAGAUACUGGGGUGCAAAAGAGCAACAACAACAAAAGAUUAACAAUUGAAUAUGGAAGGACAAAAAAAUAUAGAGUGAGAAGAGCCAUACUACAAAGCUCACUAGAUGGCAGCAAAUAUGGAGCACAAAAGAUAAAACAUAGAAAAGGGUAAUAGGGCAAAAAACACACCACAAAGUAGUUAUAGCAAACUAUAGACCCUACAGAAAUGGUGAGAAAUAAAUUUGUGUCCUUCCAUAUUCAAGGCAAGAACCACUUAGACCUCUACUGCUUCUAACCUUAAUAUGCGGUUUGAUAUAUCUAUUUAGAAUGUAUAUUACCUAUUGCUGUUUCCUAUGUGGUGUCCACCAAUGACCAAUCUGUAACCACUCCCUCUGUAAUCAGGGCAGAUGGGACCCUGGUUUGCUCAAAAGAAGACAUGCUCUCAUUGUUUCUUUGUUACUCCUUGACCAAGGCCAUGAUGCCGAAACGCGUCUGAGUUUAGCUUUUGCUUCAAUUAAAAAUGCCAUAAUCAAAAAUAAAGGCAUUUUAAACAA